AUGCAAGCCUGCGAGGGAGCUCACGGCGUAUUUAAAAGAACGAGGCAUGCAUACUUGUUCCAUGCACCCCUCGCCAUCGCUAACAUACACCAUCAGUGGGUCACGGGCUCAUCAUCCGCUACAUUAGAGGUCUUUAACCCCGCCACGGAUGAAUCCGUCGGCAAGAUCAACUGCGCCCGCGAAGCAGAACUCGAUGCUGCCGUCGCCGCUGCCCGAGCAGCUUUCGAGCCCUGGGCAGCUACGCCUGCUGUUAAGCGUGCUGCUUUGCUCAAUAAGCUCGCCGAUCUGAUUGAUGCCCACAACGAGCAGCUUGCAGAAGAUGAAGUGAAAGCUAUGGGACAACCAGCUUCCAUUGCUCGAGGAUCAAUCGUGCCUGCAACGUCGGCCACAUUCAGAUACUACGCUGGUUGGGCGGACAAGAUUGAGGGUCUGGCCUUACCUUCGGAGGACGGCACGUUUAAUGUGACACAGUACGAGCCACUUGGUGUAUGCGCUGGUAUUGGUCCUUGGAAUGUUACACUUUCCACGCUCUCGUGGAAGGUAGCUCCUGCGCUGGCUGCCGGUAACACUGUUGUCUACAAGACGUCAGAGAAAUCGCCCUUUAGCGUGCUUCUCCUUGCACAACUGUUCAAGGAGGCUGGAUUCCCUGCCGGUGUCUUCAAUCUCAUCUCUGGAGACGGGAUGACUGGCGCUCUCAUUGCGUCCCACAUGGACAUCGACAAGGUCUCCUUCACCGGCAGUGGGCCGACUGGUCGCAAGAUCAUCGAGGCGGCCGCGAAGAGUAACUUGAAGAAGGUCACUUUGGAGCUGGGCGGCAAAUCGCCCUCCCUAAUUUUUGACGAUGCAGACAUCGAGAAUGCCUUGACCGCAAACUCCCAAGGCUUCCUUUUCAACAGCUCCCAAGUCUGCAUCGCCUCCUCCCGCGUCUUCGUGCAAAGCUCCAUUGCAGACAAGUUCAUCGAAGGUCUUAGGGCCCGUUUCGCCGCCUUGGACGCUACUGUCGGCGACCCAAACUCCCCUACUACCUUCCUAGGUCCUCUGGCCGACAAGGGUCAGAUGGAGCGCGUGCUUGGAUAUGUGGAAUCGGGCAAAUCGGAAGCGACGCUGCUUUUCGGUGGCGAGCGUAAGGGCGACAAGGGAGCUUUUGUGCAGCCUACUCUCUUCCUAAAUCCUGCCAAAGACGCCAAGAUUUACAGGGAAGAGAUCUUCGGACCCGUUCUGAGUGUUUUGACGUUCGAAACGGAAGAGGAAGCCGUGAAGUUAGCGAACGAUACCAGCUUUGGUCUUUCAGCCAGUGUCUAUACCGGGAGCACGGGGCGUGCUCUACGUAUAGCAUCCAAGAUCCGGGCUGGCACCGUGGGUGUCAAUGCACCCUUCAUUCCAAGUCACAAACUUGUGUUUGGUGGAUAUAAACAGAGCGGUCAAGGCAGAGAGUGUGGGAAGGAGGGGCUAUAUGCUUACUUGCAGGCGAAGACUAUUAGCAUCAGCUUAGCUGUGUGA